CAAUCAUAGCUCUGAUAAUGUCCCCCUUAGCUACCGUUCGUCUGGUUGGCAGUCACAUAGACAAGCUUAAGCCUCACGCUUUAUCGUCCCGCCACAGCCCUCCCGCCACCGCUAUUCUUUUAAAGUCCAAGGCGCGCCGUAGAUUCGCCCCAAAACCGCGCAUGCUUUAAUCCACUCUGGUUCGGAGGCCUCGCUAUUGGAGCAGGACAUAAAUACCGCCCCAAGUACAACAUCCAAGGACUCGAUCCUGAGACGUCGAGGAAGAGGUUAAAAAAGGCGAUUUUUGUGAAAAUGAGAGAAAUUCUGCAUAUCCAGGGCGGGCAGUGUGGUAACCAAAUUGGAGCAAAGUUCUGGGAAGUGAUAUGCGAUGAGCACGGUAUCGAUCCGACGGGGUCGUACAAAGGUGACUCCGAUCUGCAGCUGGAGAGAAUCAAUGUGUAUUACAAUGAGGCGAGUGGAGGCCGAUAUGUGCCCAGAGCUGUGCUCAUGGAUCUCGAACCCGGAACCAUGGACAGCGUUCGAUCUGGCCCUUAUGGUCAGAUUUUCAGGCCCGAUAACUUCGUCUUUGGCCAGACUGGAGCCGGAAAUAACUGGGCCAAGGGCCACUACACUGAAGGCGCAGAGCUCAUCGACUCUGUUCUGGAUGUCGUCCGCAAGGAGGCCGAGAAUUGCGAUUGUCUUCAAGGAUUUCAAGUUUGCCAUUCAUUGGGAGGAGGCACAGGAUCAGGAAUGGGCACUCUCUUGAUCUCCAAAAUUAGGGAGGAGUACCCAGAUAGAAUGAUGCUAACUUUCUCUGUUUUUCCAUCGCCUAAGGUAUCAGACACAGUGGUGGAGCCUUACAAUGCGACUCUUUCUGUUCAUCAAUUAGUAGAGAAUGCAGACGAAUGCAUGGUCCUGGACAAUGAAGCGCUUUAUGAUAUUUGCUUCAGAACAUUGAAGCUAACAACACCUACUUUUGGAGAUCUUAACCAUUUGAUAUCUGCAACAAUGAGCGGAUGCACUUGCUGCCUUAGAUUCCCAGGACAAUUAAACUCUGAUUUACGCAAACUUGCAGUCAACUUGAUUCCUUUCCCUCGUUUACACUUUUUUAUGGUGGGAUUUGCUCCUUUGACAUCUAGGGGAUCUCAAGUUUACCGCUCUCUUACUGUGCCUGAACUUACCCAGCAAAUGUGGGACGCCAAAAACAUGAUGUGUGCAGCUGACCCAAGACAUGGGCGUUACCUCACAGCCUCUGCCAUGUUUCGUGGACGCAUGAGCACCAAAGAGGUAGACGAGCAAAUGUUGAAUGUUCAGAACAAGAACUCUUCUUAUUUUGUGGAGUGGAUACCAAACAAUGUGAAAUCCAGUGUCUGUGAUAUUCCUCCAAAGGGACUUAAGAUGGCUUCUACUUUUAUUGGAAAUUCUACUUCAAUUCAGGAAAUGUUCAGGCGUGUUAGUGAACAAUUCACUGCUAUGUUUAGGAGAAAGGCCUUCUUGCAUUGGUAUACAGGGGAGGGCAUGGAUGAGAUGGAGUUCACAGAGGCAGAGAGUAAUAUGAACGAUUUGGUCUCAGAGUACCAGCAGUAUCAAGAUGCAACAGCUGAUGAUGAGGCUGAGUAUGAAGAGGAAGAAGAUGCAAUGUAGGUCUUGCUUUGGUUUUGGCUUGGGUUUUUGUUGCAUCCAUCCUUUAAUUAUUAUGCAAGGGUUGUCCAGAAGUCAUGUUCACGACAGAAACUCACUUUUUUUUUGGUUGAGGGCCCGAAAGAGCUGUGCGAUUGUGGUGGUUUUGAUUUCUUUCCUGACCUGAUUGCGUGUGCUAUCUAUUGUAAUGUAUUUGUAUGACCUUACACUUCAAAAGCUUGAUAUAGAUUUAAAUAGUGCCUGAUUUGUUGCUUA